UCACUGAAUCUUUGCCAUUGUUGUUCGUGCUAGUUCACAGCAUCAGUUGUUUCGUUCUGUUAAAAUUAUUAACAUAAACUUUCCCAUUGCCUUUUGAGUUUUAACAGAAAGUCUCCAAUUGUCUUUUUAUUUCUUUUCUUUUUUUUGUAUCUUUUCCGGGUUGACUUUGCUAGUGCUUGCUGACAACUGCUUCUUCUUAAUUUGUUCCAAAUCAGCGUGGAUAAGGGGUUUAUUUAAUAUAGAUUGUGUGGACGUGUUUUUCUGCUUUUCCCAUGUGGAAACUGGCUCUUACUGUCACUGUCGUGAAUAGUGCUCUUAUUUAUUAAUGUCUUGAUUCAUCAUAAUUUCUUGAUUAAGGGUUGUUUUUUCCUCUUCAAAUUUUAAUUUCCCCCCUUGGUCGCUUUGGUUCCUCAAUGCCGUCCUGGGAUUUGAGAUCUGUUUUCUUUUUCAAGAAUUUCGGAGGCUUUUCGCAGUCUAAGAACGGAUCAAGUCAAAAGCCAGAAGCUUUUGCUGGAUUUUCUCAACUAUUUCUGCCGCUGAUAGCACACAAGAAACACCAGCAGGCCAGAAUGAGGGGUACCCAGCUUGGGUCACAUACUGUGAGGUCUCACGGUAUGACGGUGGCAAUGACUCACUUGCAUGACUGGCUGAUCUUAAUACUACUUUUGGCGAUAGUUGUCAUUCUGAAUGCUAUCCAUCCGUUUUAUCGGUUUAUCGGAAAAGACAUGAUGACAGACCUCAAGUAUCCUCUAAAAAGUAACACUGUACCUAUUUGGGCUGUUCCAGUGUAUGCUGUUCUGUUGCCUAUAGUUGUUUUUCUGCUAGUUUAUUUUCGGCGAAAAGAUGUUUAUGAUCUUCAUCAUGCCAUAUUAGGGCUCUUGUUCUCUGUUCUGAUAACAGCUGUUAUCACAGACGCCAUAAAAGAUGCAGUUGGACGGCCUAGGCCAGACUUCUUCUGGCGCUGUUUCCCAGAUGGAAAAGAAGUUUACGAUAAAUGGGGAGAUGUUGUAUGCCAUGGCGAUAAAAAUGUCGUCAAGGAAGGGCAUAAGAGUUUUCCCAGUGGGCAUACCUCCUGGUCCUUUUCUGGUCUUACCUUUCUGUCACUUUAUUUAUCUGGCAAGAUACAAGUCUUUGACCGUAGAGGACAUGUUGCAAAACUGUGUCUUGUGUUACUUCCCCUUCUGCUUGCAUCUUUGGUUGCCAUUUCUCGGGUGGAUGACUAUUGGCACCACUGGCAGGAUGUGUUUGCUGGAGGUCUAAUCGGUCUUGUAGUUGCAGCAUUAUGCUAUUUGCAGUUUUUCCCACCUCCAUAUCAUGUUCAAGGCUGGGCAACUUACGCUUACUUCCGUGUGCUGGAGGAGUCCCAAAGAACUUCACAAGCUGCAAAUACUGUAAAUGCCAAUGUAAAUAAUACACACAGUGCAGAGGUUCAAGUAGAAAGUCAACAGAAUGAGAGAAACCACCACGCGUUUAUGGGCAUUUCUUUAUCUGGGGAUUCUGGUCCAACCGUGGAAGAUCUAGAAUCUGGGAGAAGGUAGUUUAGCUUAAGGCAGUUCCUGGCUGGAAUUGCUCACUCAAAAUGCUGUCCGAGUACAUGGUUAUUUUGCAGAACUGACCUCUUGUGCAGAAUAUGCUCCAUUGGAUCGAUUAGAUUUCACUUGCCACUUAUUGCAGGGCAUGUGCUUACAUAUACUAACAUGUGAAGAAUUGUCUCUUUUUUCUUAUUGUUCGAUUUGCUCCUAUUGUCUCAUUUUUUCUUUAUUUUAAGAUUUGAUUGAUAUACCAUUUCAGUUAGUACAUAAUUAGUAAAUCGGGGAGAUUCA